AUGCCGGGCAUGAUUGUUUUGUUUCAAAAGUAUGCAUCAGAGAGACGGGACCAACAAUAUCAAGGACUAAAAAAUUAUACGGCAUUUUGCAGAACACAAAAGAAUCAGUUGAAAGAGCCAUCUCCUGAAAUUGAGAUAAUUGAUGAAGUGGGAAAAUCUGCUCCUCUUGUGGAAUUAGAACCUGUGGAUCUUGAUUCAUCUGUGGAGGUCUCAGAUAAAGAAAUAUCAGAAGAUGAGGAGAUUCCUGAUGGAAUAUCUGGAGAUGACGAGGUUCCUUCGGAUGAAGAUGAAGAAGGACAUGUUGAGGAUGUUCAAACCCCUACUCCGCCAAUUGAGAAAUCAAGUCUAUCUGAUAACAAUAAAGAUUUCACAGUCUCAUUACCUUUACAUACUCCAUACUCUGCACCUUUGAUAGCACUAGGUUCAGACAAACCCCAGUCUGUUAACUUGAUUAGGGAAGAUAUAUCUACAGCACAAGCAGCUGCUGCUGCUACUGCUACCUCUACUUCUGACGCUUCCAGACUUGAAUCUUCAAUGAUCAUAGAAACUCCUGAACAUAUAAAUGCUUCAGAAGAUUUAGGUGAUGCACGGGAAGAUCUGUCAUUCUCUGAACCUUCAGAUUCUACCUCUACUGUACCUGUAAUAUUUUCACCUUUGUCAGUUAAUUCAGUUCUACAAUCUGAAUUUGAUUCCUCUCUACAGCCAGCAAUAAAUACUAGCUCUGUACAACCAACUGUUUUGGAUUCUUCCAGAACAAUAACUGCAGCUAAGGCAUCAACCCCUUCUUUGGUAUUUCCAGUUUCAUCAGAAUCAUCAGUACUUUCUUCCGCUGCUGCCAAACACCCGGUUCCAAUUCUGUCUUUGGAACCAAUAUCUAUAGACCCAGAGCCAAUUAAAUCUAUAUCUGCUGAUGUAGUAGAGAAAGAUAAAGUAAUCCAGUACAACCAGGAGGUUAAAAUGGCCAGAUCUCGAAUCCGGUCGCUGGCGAAAAAUCUAAAAUACAGGUAAUAUAAUUAUUUAUCU